CGGCUCAGUUUCCGACUCGGUCCUGCAGCGCCUCUAGGCUGCGGCUCCGCGCUCCAACCACCUGCUCCUUGCCGCCGCCAAGGAAGCUGGGCGGGAGGGAGGAGCGGGAGGAGGAGGAGACAGGCAGCUUACACACGCCUUCCCGUCCUCCACUCAGAGCAGCCCGAGCCCGCGGCCGCCGCCACUGCUCCAGCUGCCGCUGCUCCAGCCACCGCCGCGGCUGCCACCUGAGGAGACCAACGGUGCGAGCACUGGGCGCUGCCCCGCCGACCCCUCCGAGGUCCCCGUGACCCGUGGACGGUGCGACUCUCAUUGCUCCCCUUAUCCUCUCCUUGGCAAGAAGAGAAAGUAGCAGAAGAUAGCAGCCAAAAAGAACCGCGUCCACCUUGACUACUGAAGCGUCGUCUCCUGGAAUACGAGGGUUGCCUGUCCUGGGAAGAGCAGCCAGAGACACUGAGGGAGGACGUGGAGGGAGAGGAAGGAGUUGCGGGUUGCGCGUGGAGGAAAGUUGCGUGUGGCUUAGACCCGACGGCGCAGCGCCACGAUCCCCCGGGGACCGUGUGUCUGGGAAAACGCCGCCGUCCCUUUGAGUCGGGACCCACGAGCUAGCGGGCCCGUGGGCCCGGGGACGACGCCCCCUUCUGCGGCGUGGACUUUGUGGGUGGCCCUCAAGGAGGAGGAGGAAUAUGGCACCUAAGCUGUCCCCUUCUUGCCGUCUGGUUUUCUGCCUCUUGAUCUCUGCCGCGGUCCUCAGACCAGGGAAAGGAUUCUCAUUGCCUCAGCUUGACUCAGGUGUGCCAGGCCUUGGAUGGUACACUGUCAACUCAGCUUAUGGAGAUACCAUUGUCAUGCCUUGCCGACUCGAUGUACCUCAGAACCUCAUGUUUGGCAAAUGGAAAUAUGAAAAGCCCGAUGGGUCCCCAGUGUUCAUUGCAUUCCGAUCCUCUACAAAGAAAAGUGUGCAGUAUGAUGAUGUCCCCGAGUACAAGGACAGAUUGAGCCUCUCAGAAAACUACACUUUGUCUAUCAACAAUGCAAAGAUCAGCGAUGAAAAGAGAUUUGUGUGCAUGCUAGUGACUGAGGACAACGUGUUUGAGGCACCUACACUAGUCAAGGUGUUCAAGCAACCAUCUAAACCUGAAAUUGUAAACAAAGCACAAUAUCUUGAAACGGAGAAGCUACAAAAGUUAGGUGACUGCAUUUCAAGGGACAGUUACCCAGAUGGCAACAUCACAUGGUACAGGAAUGGGAAAGUUCUGCAACCCCUUUUAGGAGAGGUGGCCAUACUAUUGAAAAAUGAAAUUGAUCCAGUUACUCAGUUGUAUACCAUGACUUCAUCCUUGGAGUAUAAGACAACCAAGGCUGACAUCCAAAUGCCAUUCACUUGUUCUGUGACAUAUUACGGACCCUCUGGCCAGAAGACAAUUCAUUCGGAACAAGCAGUCUUUGAUAUUUACUAUCCUACAGAGCAGGUGACAAUACAAGUGCUGCCACCAAAAACUGCCAUCAAAGAAGGAGACAACAUCACUCUUCAGUGCUUGGGGAACGGCAACCCGCCUCCUGAGGAGUUCAUGUUUUACUUACCAGGACAGCCUGAGGGAAUAAGAAGCUCAAAUACUUACACACUGACAGAUGUCAGGCGCAAUGCCACAGGAGACUACAAAUGCUCGCUCAUCGACCAAAAAGGCAUGAUUGCUUCAACUGCCAUCACAGUUCACUAUUUGGAUUUAUCCUUAAACCCAAGUGGGGAAGUGACCAAGCAGAUCGGCGAUGCCCUGCCUGUGUCAUGCACAAUCUCUGCCAGUAGAAAUGCGACCGUGGUGUGGAUGAAAGAUAAUAUCAGGCUUCGAUCGAGCCCAUCAUUUUCUAGCCUUCAUUAUCAGGAUGCUGGGAACUACGUCUGUGAAACGGCUCUUCAGGAGGUUGAAGGGCUGAAGAAACGGGAAUCACUGACACUCAUUGUAGAAGGAAAACCUCAAAUCAAAAUGACGAAGAAAACUGACCCCAGUGGCCUGUCUAAAACAAUAAUUUGCCAUGUGGAAGGGUUUCCAAAACCAGCUAUCCAGUGGACCAUUACUGGCAGUGGAAGCGUCAUAAACCAAACAGAGGAGUCUCCUUAUAUCAAUGGCAGGUAUUAUAGUAAAAUUAUCAUUUCCCCUGAGGAGAAUGUUACACUAACUUGCACAGCAGAAAACCAACUGGAGAGAACAGUAAACUCCCUGAAUGUCUCUGCGAUAAGUAUUCCAGAACACGAUGAGGCAGACGAUAUAAGUGAUGAGAACAGAGAAAAGGUGAAUGACCAGGCAAAACUAAUUGUGGGAAUUGUAGUUGGUCUCCUACUGGCUGCGCUCGUGGCUGGCGUCGUCUACUGGCUCUACAUGAAGAAAUCCAAAACUGCAUCAAAACACGUCAACAAGGACCUUGGCAAUAUAGAAGAGAAUAAAAAGCUGGAGGAAAACAACCACAAAACAGAAGCCUAAGAGAGGAGAGGUUGCAGGUCUCCAGAGAAAACCCAUAUAGACAAAUUGAAGCAUGGACGUGGAUUGUAUUUAAGACAUAUACAAAGACAAUGACAGCAAUUCAUGGUUCAAGUAUUAAGCAGUUCAUCCUACCAAGCUGUCACAGGAUCUUAGAGAAUUAUCUCAAGUGAAACAAUGAAACAAAGUUAUAAAAUCAAAUAACAGCAAGAUUUGGCAGCCAUGAUAAUAGGUCAUAUGUUGUAUUUUGUUUGUUUUUUUUUUCUGUAAAUGUCUGCACUAAGGAUUUUCUUUCAGUUUGCCUUUUAUGUAAAUUUUUUACGUAGCUAUUUUUAUACACUGUAAGCUUUGUUCUGGGAGUGGCAGUUAAUUGGAUGUAUAAUGUAAUGUUUUAUUUCAAUUGUUUAUAUGGAUAGUCUGAGCAGGUACGGUUCUGAUUCUGAUUGCUAUCAAUAAUGCCCCAAACUUUCUUACAAGAACCUGAAACCCAAAGGUGACAGUUUGCGAGGUUGGGGACAUAUACCUCGCUCAAUCAGAAGCUGGCUUCUUAAUUCUGAGGAUAGGGGGCCAGCCCAAGUGAGAGUCAGGAGCGCUACAGGGUGUGAUGGCCUGUCUGAGGCCAGCAUGCUCUCAGAAGCAAGUCACAGAUACAAACAUCAACACCACGUGAAUGAUACUCCCCUACUGACAAUUCUGUCUUCUCUGAAGAAGACAUGCACAGAACUUGGGUCACAUUUACUUAACAACACCUUCUAGGAGAUUACACUCAGUCAAAAGAAAAGUUAGAAAAAAAUAAGAAGAAAACAAAAACUAAUGUGUCCGAGAAAGUUGGAAAAAAUGACAGCUAGCGUUCCCGUUUUCACAGAUUACAAUAUAAAUCACUGUAAUUACAAUUGGUGUUAAAUCCUUUGGGUUAUCCACUGCCUUAAAAUGACACUUAUUUCCUUUAAAAUAAAUAAAAUAAGAGAUAUCAGUCAGAAUUGCAGAUUUAUAACAGUGGUCAUUAUUAAAGCUGUGUUAUUUUCCACAGAAUAUAGAAUAUAUAUUUUUUUCGUGUGUGUUUUUGUUAACUACGCUACAGAUAUUGAAUGCACCUUGAGAUAAUUUAGUGUUUUUAACUGGUACAUAAUUUAUCAAGCAGUACAUGGAAGUGUAAUAAUAAAACGUCUAUGUAUCUUUAGUUACAUCAGAUUUGUAACUUUAUAAACAUGUUUUCUGCCUGAGGAACUUUUUAAGGAGAUAGUGUACAUGGGAACUUUUUGAAGUAGACUGGAUGAGGGCCAGUAGCAAUUUGUGACUAGACUUUAACCUUUGCUCUUUCAGGUAGAAGCUUGGUUUCUGGGAUUACACUGCACAGCCAUUUUGUCUGGGAUUUACGUGUAUAACUUUAUCUGAGAAAAUAAAAAUGACUAUUUCCAGGUAUAGCACUAUGUUCUUUGAGAGGAAAAGGAAAUGUGGGGCUUGCCUUUAGACUUAAAGAAUAAGCUUUUUUGAAGGCAAUGAGAAACUAAUCAAGAUUCAUCUCUGAAGAAGGUUGGAAAUAAUCUUUUGCCACAUCUGUGUAUGGAGAGAUGUGUCUUUGUACAUUUGUAACCACUUGAUAUCUGAGCAAUAGUGUCUCAGCUUAAUAAAAGCCUCCUAUAGUACAUUGGUAUGGACUAAAUACACAAAAUAUUCUGUUAGACUUAAUGCUGUAUUAAAUAUGGGGAAAAAGAAAACAUGUAUUUUGCCUCUAGACUUUGAUUUACUGAAGUUUUAUUUGGCAAGAAAAAAAAAUUGAAUCUUGAUCAAUAUGUAAACCAAAGGGAAAAGGGAAAAACAAAACAAAACCAAAGUUCUUUGUUUUGCAUGGCUAAGCCAUUCUGUUUAUCUCUGUAAAUAAUAUGAUUUCUUUUUGUUUUCUUUUCUUUUUCUCUUUAGAAUUUUGUUAAAGAAAUUCUAAAAGUUUUAAACACCUGCUUUCCACAAUAAGCCAUGAACACUACAGUGAGAUUAGUUCUGUAUUAUUAUUAUUUUUUUUUGCUUGUUUUGUUUGCUUUUUUUUCCUUUGGUAUGGAAGAUCAAAGGUUUAAAGUCUUACUCCUAAGAUGUGUUUGCAGAAAAGUAACAGGGCAACAAAAAGAGUGUUUACUCUAGUCUGGCGCGUUGUGCACUUGUCAUUGUAACUGAGUCCACAAACAGCUGUUAUAGCCUAGACAGCAGCAGGAGAGACUCAGACCUCUCACCCAGGAGCAGAUGUUUACAAGAGAGGACAAGAUGGCCACUUCUGCAUCAGUGUCUGAAUAAGGAGGAAGCUCGCGUGCUCUUGAGCAAUUCGGAGUGCUCUCACGCAGGAAGGAAGCUAACUUGCAGUUCCACUUCUGGAGUUUCUUCUCUCCAGUUGUACAGUUGGCCACAGGAUACAGGUUUUUAACCAGUUCAAGGUUCACUCCCUAUAUGUAAUUAUAGGAAUUGUAUGUGGAAAUGGAUUAACAUAUUCCUCUAUGCCUAAAAGAAAAUAAAAAUGAAAUAUGUCUUCACAUAUCUCUUAUAGCUGUCUGCCUCUUGUCUGCAAUGGGAUGUUCAUGUACAAAAUGUGAUUUUAUUUAAUAAAAAGUGAAAACGUU